AUGCUGCCGAUCUCGUGUACCAAGUUCUCCAUGGAGAGCGAUUGCACCCUUCUAGCUGCCGUCUAUCUGUUCCCCGGUCCGAAGCCGCUCACCAAACUGCUCCACAAAGGUCUCUGCGACCGUGCGGACGCCCCUGGCAGCCCCGACGUACGACGCCUUCCCGGGCUGAUCGUUCCUAUUGGCCGUUUGACGAUGAGGAACGCCAAGUCCAAUACACCUGCGAUUGACACGGGCUAA